AUGGCACAGAAGAAUUUUGGAAGGAAGCUUCGGUGCAUUGUAAUAGGAGCUGGACAAGGCAAGGCUGUGCUUGUGAUGUACCAAGCCACAUUUACCAAUACAGCUUCUUACCAAACCCCUAUUGGUCAAGCUUGUAAGAUACAUAUCUAUACUCUUCCGUUUGAACGUGGAAGUCUGACCCUAGACCCUGGUCGUAGCUACGCGUCGUCUGCAGAGAUACAGGCAUACUUGAAAGCUUUUACAUUCCAUUAUGGCAUUCAUAAACGCAUUAGCUUCAAAAGCAAGGUCGAGAAAGCCGUGUGGAGCGAGAGUAGCUCUACCUGGACAGUCUCAGUUGCCGGGAAAGGAAGCUUUGAGGCCGAAUUCCUCAUCAACGCCGGUGGAAUUUUUAACAAUGUCUCCUACCCAAAUAUAGAAGGCCUACAGGACUUUGCAGGGCCCCUGUUGCAUACGGCGGCCUGGGAUAAUGAUUCCAAUCUUAUCGGAAAACGGGUUGCCAUUAUUGGUGCAGGGGCUAGCGCGAUCCAGUGUCUGCCUGCUAUCCAAAGCCAAGUUGAACAUGUUGACAUUUACAUUCGGACACCGUCGUGGAUCACCCCUCCAGCCGGUAGCACUAUAAAUCAGGAGCGGAAUCAUGAGUAUACUCAAGACGAGAUCGCGAUGUUCAAAGGGGACACUCAUUUUUCAUUGUCGGCUAGGCAAGAGAUGGAGUCGGUCUUUAACCGAGCGUACAAGACAUUCAUUCGAGACGGCGACGAGCAAAGAGCAGUCCGAGCCAAACUAGAAACAUAUAUGAGAGCGAGGAUCACUCGAUCCGAAUUGCAGGCGGAUCUGAUACCUAAAUUUGACGUGGGGUGCAGGAGAAUAAGCCCAGGUGAAGCAUACUUGGAAGCCUUACAGAAGGCCCAUGUUCAACCCAUUUUCAAGUCGAUCGACAGAGCGACACCCGACGGACUGGUCGCGGACGGACUUCUGAGGCACUAUGAUGUGCUCAUAGCCGCCACGGGGUUUGACACGUCGUUUCGGCCAAGGUUCCCCAUCAUUGGUGAGGACGGUAAGGAUCUGAGGGAGCUGUGGAAGGACGAGCCACCGUCCUACCUCGGCGUGGCCGUAUCAGGUUUCCCAAACUACCUGACCUUUUUGGGCCCGAAUACACCUAUAGCCAACGGCAGCCUGAUGGGCACCUUGGAAGCGACGGCAGACUACUUCAUCAAGAUUCUAGAGAAGGUCAUGCGGGAAGACGUAAUAUCCAUUAACGUCAAAGAAGAGGCACAAGCUGACUUCAACUCUCACACGCAGCGACUGAUGAAAACGAUGGUGUGGAGUGGCCCCUGCAACUCAUGGUAUAAAUCCAAACAAGGCAAGGUCACAGCCGUUUGGCCAGGGAGCUCUCUGCAUUACCGAGAAGUCCUUGCUUCAUGCCGCUGGGAAGAUUUCGAGUGGCGCUACAGCGGCAACCGUUUCGCGUGCUGGGGUCAAGGAUUCUCAGAUGUUGAAAAGGCAGGUAAGACCAACGCGGAGGAUCUCGCUUACUACAUGGAGGCGCAUGAUAACUUGCCCCUCGAAGCUUAUUAUCUCGCGGCCAAGGGUUACUCGGGGUCGGCUGGUCCUAGUCCUUGCUUUAAACCUGUGGAUGAGACUCUGUCGGGAGCUGAGUCUUUCAGCGCCGAAUCUUGGGAGACCAGAACGGCAGAUGCGCUUGUUUAUGACGCUGCGGCACUCAGUGCCUGA